UCUUCUUCUUCUUCUUAUUCUUCUUCUUCUUUUUCUUCUCUGAGGAAAGCAGUCUUUGAAAAGCGGUGGUUCCGGAGGCAGCUCCUUGAUCGGUACGGCUCCGAGAUCGUUAUCGUGAGAAGUGGAUGAAUCUCGGGCUGCCAGGUCUCGUGGCGAUCGAGUCGAGAAGGUGGAGGUAAUACAGCAGGGAGAAGGAGGAAGGAGAAACACAGCAAGCAGAUCUUGGAGACGCCGUCGAGUCCUGGCCGUCAGACCCGUUUUAUCCUCCGAUCGACUUGGAGGACUCCUCGCGAGGACCAAAUCGCUGCUAAAUCUUUCCGGCACGCCUUCGGAACUCCUGACUCGCGAGAUGUGGCGGCUGUCGAUAUUGAUCGGUAUGAUCGCGAUCGCGAGAGCUGGACCGUACGACAGGACAGCAGACUCGGUGAACGACAGGACUCUGUUCAUUAGGAGUCUGCCGGGAUAUCCUGGGACUAGGAGUGAUCUCUACGAGGUUUAUAUGGAACCGUAUUAUUUCGCAGUCGGUUUGAAAGCCGUAGUGGAGAUGAAAUCUCUCGGUGAAGACGGUUCGCCGAUGGAUGGGCCCCGAGGGAUGCUGACAUUGGAGCAGCAUCCCGAGGGGGUCAGGGUCACGGGUAAUAUCACGGAAUUAAAUCCGGGCUUGCAUGGAUUCCAUGUACACGAAAAAGGAGAUUUGAGGAAAGGUUGCAAUUCGGCUGGCCCGCAUUUCAAUCCGUACAUGGUGAAUCACGGAGCACCGAGUGAUCCGUUACGUCACGUCGGUGAUCUCGGCAAUAUUGAGGUCGGAGAGGACGGAGUGGCGCGUAUCGACGGCAUGGAUCACUACUUGAGCCUAGUGGGCGUCCGGGGUGCGAUCGGCAGAGCUCUGGUGAUCCACGCGAAACCAGACGACCUCGGCCGCGGCGGAACCGAAGAGAGUCUGAAGACCGGAUCGUCAGGCGAGCGCGUUGCCUGCGGCGUUAUCGGGUUCUUGUAAAAGGAUUUCGAUGAACAGCGAAUUCAGCUAUUGCAUGCACUAAAUACGCACUGAAAACUGCCGUACUUAAUUCACUUAAAAAGAUACUGCGUAGUAUGCAAGAUCUUUGGUAUACACAAGCAGAUUUUGGUGAAGGAAACGAUAUAAUUCCUUGCUAAGAACGAAAUAUUCGUUCUAUCAUAAUUCA